AUGACACCGUUCCUUGGUCGAGAUCGACAAACCACGCGAACGCCUUUCCUUUUCCUAACCUGACCAGGUUUUCCUCAUCUCCCUUAUUUUUAUUUUAUUUUUUCCAACCACCUCCACGUCCCAGAAAACUUUACUCGUCUCCUCUGCCCUUUCCGUCUGCUACGUCUUACUCCUUUCCCCUUUCCUCCCGCCUCCGCCGGCAUUAGUAACCGCUUAUCUGAUCCAACUUAUCUGAUCGAGAAUUCCAUCCGCUCGCCGGUUUCAUUCAUCAGCCAACCAAACCAACCCACCCAACUCACCCAAGCAACACAGCAAAUACAACCAUUCCCUCCUUCCAUCCUGCCAUAUCAGUAUGCUAUUCACCUACUGACUAUCCGCCCCCCGAUUCUACCACCUACGACUACAUUACGCCACACUCUACACAAAAAUCAGUAGACCCCCGGUCACUAGCACCCACACAACACGCCCAGACCAUCAUCACCAACGCCACCUGGACAGCACAUUCGACAACAGACAUAUCCACCUCGCGAUGCACAGCACAAUGGCGACUACUGCCAUGGCGUCCUCUCUGGUCAGGUCCACUGGCGAUUGCAUUCCCGAAGAGCCCAGCGUUUCCUCCGUCGCCCCCUCUCUUACCUACUCGGAAGAGUCCGAGGACCAGGACGACGAAGAGCCUCAGGCUGAGCCGCCGCGGAGACGGCGCGCUUCCACGCGGCUCAUUGCACAAAGUCCCGCUGACAUCCAGCGUAUCACGGGCGAAUCAACGGCCCAAUUGAUCCAGAGAUGCUGCGGUGGCGGCUGUUGCAUGAAGCUAGGCGCCAAGAAGGAGGGCCUCGAGUACGAGAGUAUCCCCUUCCCGGACAACGCCGCAUAUAAGUCACUCGCCCUCAAAAUUGGCGACAUUCCCACAAAGUUGACCAACAUUGCCGACUUGCCCGAGCAGACCGUCUUCUUCGAGCCCGUUCCUCGGCCCGCCGCGACUGCCGCUUCCCCCACAGACUCUGCCAUCUCCCUGGGCGCCGACUCCCGCGAGCACAAGGAGGCAGACCUCGCCACCGUCCGAGACCGGCUGAAUGACUUCACCCUCGGCAGCAUCGACACUACCAAGGAACCCCCCAAAUACGUCCAGCCGCACCCUCCGUACCACGUGUACGCCGCCCGCAUCGACUCGACUCGCGAGCUGACCAAGCCCGGUGCCGAGAAGCGCACUUACCACUUCGAUCUCGACAUUACAAGCUACCCGGGCGAGGAGGACAUGGACUUCAGGGUCGGCGGUGCCAUUGGUGUCAUGGCCCCCAACGACAGAGCCUGUGUCGAUGACGUCUUCGACGCGCUCAUGGUACCUCGAUUCCUUCGGGACAAGCCGGUUCUCAUGAGGACCACCAAGGGCCGCUGGCCGACCGUGUGGGGCGACGAUCAGGCCCGUGAGAUGGUCACCACACGCCGGGACCUGCUCACCUGGUGCUCCGACAUUCAGUCGUACCCCCCAACCAAACAGCUUUUGCGGAUCCUCGCCGAGUACGCCGAGGAUCCCAAUGAGAAGAAGCUGUUGACGUUUCUCUGCUCCGCUGAAGGCCAGGGCGUCUUCUGCGAUUUCCGCACCGGCCCGCAUGUCUCCUUGUCCCAACUCCUGCACGCAUUCCCUAGUGCCCAUCCGCCCAUGGACCUCCUGUUGUCUGCCCUGCAGACGCUGAUGCCCCGAUUCUAUUCACUCUCCAACGAUCCUCACGAUGCUUACAAGACACGUGACGGAAAGGUCCACCGACUGAUCGAGAUUGCCGUCACGGUUCACGAGACUGCUGACUGGCGCCGCGGUCUCCGUACCGGUAUUGGUUCCGGCUUCUUUGAGCGCCAAGCUCAGAAGUGGCUCGAGGCGAAGCGCAACGGAGAGACUCCCGAGAUCUACAUCCCCAUGUUCAAGGGCCUCAUGGCCAAUCCUCUCGCCAAGCAGUUUGUCUCGGAUGGCCCCAUGCUGCUUAUCGGUGCCGGUGUUGGUAUCGCUCCCUUCAGAGGCUUCGUCCAGCGUCGGCUGAAGACAGCCAACUGCGCCAACAAAGUCUGGGUUCUCCAGGGCAUCCGUGACUCUCUCGUCGACGAGAUUUACAGCGGCGAGUGGGGUGUCCACGAGGACGAGGUCAAGCGCGUCGUGCAGAGCCGCCGCGGCGAGAGUCGUUACGUGCAAGAAGAGGUGCGCAACCAAGCCGAUCUGGUAUGGUACAUUGCCAACGCCGUCGAUGGUCGCGUCUUCGUCUGUGGCAGCACCAAGGGCAUGGGCGAGGGUGUUGAAGAGGCUCUCGUCGAAGUCGCCAUGAAGAAGGGCAACCUUGAGCGCGAGGAGGCCAAGAAGUAUUGGGAACUAAAGAAAGAGGCUGGCCAGUAUAUCGCCGAAACAUGGUAGC